AUGACUUCCCGAAAGGCCCAGAAGUUGAUGAAUCGGUUGCAUCUGACGAGAAAGGUUCACGCAUUAGCUGCUGGUCUUGACAAAGUGACUCCGAUGUUGAAGUUGUGUUCUGCCGAAGCAAUGCCAUCAGGAUGGACUACUCAACAUGACAAAGAGCUCAUAUCUGUUUGUGAUCAGCAUGGUAUCGAUAACAUCUCGGCAAAUAUCCUGAAGAAACCGGCGUUCCAGAAGAUUAUUCGACCUACGGAGAAAACGUUGCUGCGAAGGGUAAUCGAGGUGUGCACUACUGUAGAAACCGGUAAAUGGAAUGGAACAGCAAGCACUGAUAGCGUGGAUGAUAGCGACGCAGAAGAGCGGGUUCGUGCACAACAACAGGUCCGACGAGGUCGUAAGCGAGCAGUGGACACAGAUGCGCAGAAGAUGCGUGCAUUGAUGCAGCAAUCGAUGUUAUCCCAAAUGGGAGAUCUGCCUCUUGCUGCGGCCAUGCUGCAAUCUGCAAUGUUCAUGCCGCAACUCAUGGGCAACAACGCUGCUGCUGCACAGCUUCUUGGAUCAUUGUUUGCCAUGGCUGCAGGAGCAACUGGUACCACAGCUAGUUCGUCUGGAGCAGGUGGCUCGUUCAACAAUGCAGAAACGUUUAAGGCUGAACCAGCUGUGGUCACAACUGCUUCCCCAGCUCCUUCGACAUCUUCCGCCCCUGGACCAUCAAAUUCCCAGCAGCAGCAGCAGAUCUGUCGCGAUGGGCUCAGCUGGGCUGAUGACACUCAUCAUUCUAGCCAGCCUACCACCUGGUUGACAGGAGCUUUACUCCCUGCCUCGAAAUGGCCAACUUUGAGCAAAUUGGCCAUCUUGGUAGUUGGAAUGUCACAUCCUGAACGGCUUGGUGGUGAUCCUGUUGCCAUUGCAAGUGCCGCUGGAGCGGCUUCGUCAGCAGCAGCAAAAUCGUCCGACAAAGCAGCCAGCAGUAGCAGUGUUUUCGGAGGUGCUGCAAUGUCUGCUGGAUCGUCGAGCGCUGCAAGCGCUGCUCUGGCUGCCGAAGCCGCUACUAAACAACAACUGGAAGCGCUCCAAAUGCAGAUGCUGAUGCAGCAAACAUUGCUUCAACAAUCGUUACUUGGAUUCAAUCCAUACGCCCUAGCUGGUUCCACAUCUGGUACAAGUUCAGCUAACGCUAAG